ACAGGAAGAGCCACCACAGCGAUGACAUGGUCGGAAGCGAGACUGCGAGGGAGCUUAGACAGGAUGUGAUCUUAGGGCUGGGCUUCUUGCUCCUCGCCGCGGCGUCGCUGAAGCGGCUUCUCACCAGCGCCGGGCAGCGAGGCUCCGAGGCCGUGAUCACGACCUUCUACUCCCUCAUCCUCUUUACGUCGGUCGUGCGAGCCACCUGGUUCUUGAUCCCAACAGAGGUCCUGCAGCCGACUUACGCCCCGUCGACGGAGUACGCCUUCAAGGGCGACUGGCUGGGGACGUACGUGUCGGAGGUUAUGCUUUUCGUCGGCAGCUUGAGCCUGUUCAGCAUCUUCAUCCUGAUGGCUAUAUUCUGGGCCGACCUGCUCAAGGGGAUCUUUAAGGAGAGCGGUCGACCUUCUCGGCCAAUGGCGUCCUUCAUGACGGUAGCGGCGGCACUCGCCGCGGCGGAGGGCGUUAACUCGUGCCUAUUCUUCACGAGGGUUUACAGCAGCCAGGGAAUGCUCAUGUUUGAGAGUGCCCUGCUGUGCAUGUUGUCGUUGGUGUGCAGCGUGGAGAUCUCCCGGUUCUCGCACCGCUUUCGAACGGUCCUGAGGACGCUCGGCGCCGUCAACCAGAUAUCGACGGAUGGUCAAGUGACGCGCAUCGUGAGAAUAACCGUAACCGGUAACGUGUUUUUCGCGAUUCGAGCCGUUUGCGAGCUAGCGGUGGGCCUGACGCUCUACAUGCAUUUCAAGCAAACCCACUCUUUCAACAUGGUGUUCAGCAGCUGGGUCUGGGACUGGUACGUGGUCGUCAAGCACGUCUCGGAGUGGAUGAUCCUGUUCGUGAUGCUGUGGAUACUGCACGACCCCGCGGAAGGGGGCUCGUCGCUGGGAUCUGACGAGGGCAGCCAAGGGCUUGCCGCGGCGGAAGACCCCGAGUACUGGGAAAUCCCCCCGGAAGCCGAUGGCCGUAAAGGGUGUGCGGACGACGACACUGGCGGAGAUGCGACCUCGCAGCUGACUGGAAACGGGCGGGAUCCCGAGGCCUAUGGCACAUUGUGA